UUUUUUUUUUUUUUUUUUUUUUUGCGUCCCUAGUCUUUGCCAAUAUGUUGGGUAUUUUAUUGAUCGUCAUUGUGGGUCUAGCAUUAACCAAACCGCUAGCCAGUGGCGAUUUCGUGGUACGUUGGACGCAAAAGAAAAGCGUCCCCUUUCUCUUUCCCAUGAUGGACUGAUUGUGCUUCCCCCCUCUCCAUUUAGUUUGCGCAAUUUUAUAAUGGCUCUGGUUUCAGCAGUGAUGGUUUUGCGUUUUUGCUCGUGAUUCUUCAAUCUCAAUACACGCUUUCAGGAUACGACAGUGCUGCGCACAUGGCGGAAGAAACGAAAAACUCGCAACACGGCUCACCGUCGGGCAUUCUGUUUUCCGUCGCGGCGAAUGCCCUUUCCGGUCUUGUGUUCCUGCUCGCGAUCAGCUUUAUGGUCAAAGACUUUAGCGGGCAAAUCGUGAGCGACGACGCGAUCCAGCCGCAGAUGGUGCAGGUGUUCUACGACGGCGUGGGGCCGGCGUGGACGUUGGUGUUUUUGAUGUUUGUCAUGGUGAGCAUCUUUUUCUGCGGCUCGUCCUUGCUCUUGGGCAGCUCGCGCAUGGUGUAUGCGUUUGCGCGCGAUGGGGCGAUGCCCUUUUCCAAGCAGCUCCAUUCGCUCCACCCGCGCACCAAGAGCCCUGUCAUUGCCGUCUGGUUCAACGUGCUGGUCGCGGGUGUCGUGGGCGUCCUCUACAUGGUCAACAGCACCGCCUACGAAGCGAUUGUGUCGGUCAACACGAUCGGCUCUCAGAUGUCCUACCUGGUGCCCAUUUUGCUGCGUAUCACCACGUCGCGUCACACGUUUGAGCCUGGACCUUUCCAUCUCGGGCGCUUCAGUCUCCCCUGCGGUAUCCUCUCCUCGUGCUGGCUGGUGUUUACGUGUGCCCUUUUUAUCUGUCCUACCGAAGCGCCCAUCACAGCCGAUAGUAUGAAUUAUGCCAUCGUGCCUUUUGCCGCCAUCAUGAUUUGCUCCAUGACGUACUUUUACUUUUGGGGCCGUAAAUGGUUCACAGGGCCUGUGCGUGUCAUUGAUGGUCAACACGUCAUACUGGACGAUGACCCUGCUUCUGUUCCCUCUGUCCACGGUGGGCGAACCUAAAGACGCGUCGUCCAAAGAUCCCCCCGCCACCCCCCCUCUCUCUCUGCAUCCUUUGUGAUGCUUAACAGAGGGAUUUGAUUUAUUUAUUCUUCUGUACAUACGAUAACACAAUUCCAUUCAAUCGAAUAAAGGGCUCUCGAAUCCAUCUUUGGAUGGAUGGGACAGUUUCUUUAAGCAUGACAUGGCUUCAUCGAUGGGCAUCCACACCCCCCCUUUGGAUCUCCCCUCCAAUGGAAAAACGGCGUGGAGAUGGGGUGAGGAUGAAAGAGGGUUUGCAUGAACCGCUAUCCCUCGUUGAAUGAAAGAGAG